AUGGCCUCUCCUGCGCUCAUCACCCUCGCCGCCCUGUCGCCCGGCCUGACCUUCCGCGAGGCCUUGUCUGGUGUCCUGGGCAGCAUCAGUCUGGCCACCUGGAUCUUUCUACUGGUCCCACAACUCAUCCUGAACUACAAGACGGGCAGCGCGGAUGGCAUCUCGCUCGCCUUCCUCACCGUCUGGCUGCUGGGCGACGCAACCAAUCUAGCCGGGGCCAUCUGGGCCAAUCUCGUCCCCACUGUCAUCGCCCUGGCCGUCUACUUCUGCUUUGCCGACUUUGUGUUGAUUUCCCAAUGCCUGUAUUAUAACCACAUCAACGCCCGCCGAGCCCGCAAACCCUCCACCGCCUCGACCGAGUCGGAGCACUCACCGCUCCUCACUCGCCGCCGGUCUUCUGCUCUGAAUGCAGACCAUCCGAUCAAGGAUCCGGGACAGGAAGAACUCGAGUCGGCCGGGAAUCCAUGGGUGCGCAACACGCUGUCCAUUCUCGGGGUCAUCGCCGCGGGCACGGCGGGCUGGGCCAUCGCGUGGCAAUCCGGCGUCUGGAAACCAACACCUGAGCACCGCGGUCUCGUUGAUGGACAAGAUGUCGCGGUAGGCGCGCAGGUCCUGGGUUAUCUGAGCGCUAUCUUCUAUCUCGGCGCCCGAAUCCCCCAGAUCGUGAAGAACUACCGCGAGAAAUCCUGCGAGGGCCUCGCCCUUCUCUUCUUCCUUCUGUCCCUCAUGGGCAAUGCCACCUACGGCGCCGGCAUUCUCGCCCACAGCUUCGACCGAGAAUACCUAACCACCAACCUGCCCUGGCUAAUCGGCUCCCUCGGAACCAUGGCCGAAGACGGGAUCAUCUUCCUGCAGUUCCGCGCAUACGCCCCGAAACCUUCUGUCUCUACUUCAGCAGUCGAAGAACCCGCAUGUCGCGAGCCGUAA